AUGAACUCGAACGGCCCUCUUCAAGAGCAUGGCAAACGACGUGUUGCAUAUUACUACGACUCAAACAUUGGAAACUACUACUACGGACAGGGUCAUGUCAUGAAACCGCAUCGUAUCCGCAUGACUCAUCAUCUGGUUUUGAACUAUGGACUCUACCGGAGUAUGGAAAUCUUUCGUCCAUUCCCAGCAACUUUUGACGACAUGACUCGAUUCCAUAGCGAGGAGUACAUGUUGUUCUUGAAAUCCGCCAACCCAGACAAUUUGAAGUCUUUCAACAAACAAAUGUUGAAAUUCAAUGUCGGAGAAGAUUGUCCACUGUUUGAUGGUCUCUAUGAGUUCUGCCAGCUCAGCUCUGGAGGCUCUCUGGCUGCUGCCACUAAGCUCAACAAGCAGAAGGUGGACAUUGCAAUCAACUGGAUGGGAGGACUUCACCACGCCAAGAAGAGCGAGGCUUCUGGAUUCUGCUACACCAACGACAUUGUUCUUGGUAUUCUCGAGCUUCUCAAGUACCACAAGCGUGUUCUGUACGUCGAUAUCGAUGUUCAUCACGGAGAUGGUGUCGAGGAGGCUUUUUAUACAACCGAUCGCGUCAUGACUGUGUCAUUCCACAAGUACGGAGAUUUCUUCCCAGGAACUGGAGAUCUGAAGGAUAUUGGAGCCGGGAAGGGAAAGCUCUACUCCGUCAAUGUUCCACUUCGUGAUGGAAUCACCGACUCGUCGUAUCAAAGCAUUUUCAAGCCAAUCAUGACCAAAGUCAUGGAACGUUUCGAUCCAUCCGCCGUCGUUCUUCAAUGUGGAGCUGAUUCGUUGAAUGGAGACCGACUCGGACCAUUCAAUCUCACAUUGAAGGGACACGGAGAGUGCGCUCGCUUCUUCCGAAGCUACAAUGUCCCACUUAUGAUGGUUGGAGGAGGUGGAUAUACUCCACGAAACGUUGCCCGGUGUUGGACAUACGAGACAUCGAUCGCUGUUGACAGAGAGGUCGCAAAUGAGUUGCCAUACAAUGACUAUUUUGAGUACUUCGGACCAAAUUACCGUCUUCAUAUUGAACAAUCCAAUGCCAAUAACGAGAACAACCCAGAACUUCUGACCAAGCUUCAAGCUGAUGUUAUUGCCAACCUCGAAAAACUCACAUUUGUUCCGAGUGUUCAAAUGAGACCAAUCGAAGACGAUGCUCUGAGGUCAAUGAAUGACAGUUCGGCUCUUGUUGACAUGGCGGAUCCAGAUCGACGCCUACCAGCAGAGGUCACCGAUCAGAUGAUCCAAGACGAAGGGGACUUUUACGAUGGGGAACGUGAAGGAGAUGAUCGCAGGAACGAGAGUGAUGGAAAGAGAGCAGCUCAGUUGGACUCAGAAGGCGGAAAGUAG